CAGCAGCAACAGCAACAGCAACAGCAACAGCAACAACAGCAGCAGCAGUGGGAACAAUCCGUGCCUUUGCAGACAACUAAGCAGCCAUACGAGGACAAGCACGUGCGCCUGGACGAGUUCGAGGUGUUUCGCACAGUCGGCACGGGCUCCUUCGGGCGAGUGCGCCUGGUGCGGCACAAAGUGACGAACAAGUACUACGCAAUGAAGGUUUUAAAGAAGGGCCAUGUGGUGCGGGCAAAGCAAGUCGAACACGUCAACAGUGAGCGGCGAAUCCUCGCCGAAUGCAACUGUCCGUUCAUCGUCAACAUGCUGGGAACGUGCCAGGACCGCAUCAACCUGUAUUUCUUCAUGGAGUACGUUGUCGGUGGCGAGCUGUUCACGUACUUGAGGCGGUACCAUCGGUUCCCGCCGCCUGUGGCUAAAUUCUACGCGGCCGAGGUGCUUUUGGCACUGGAGUACAUGCAUGAGCGCAAUAUUAUUUGGCGCGACACCAAGCCCGAAAACAUCCUGCUGGACGACCGCGGUCAUGUUAAGCUGACGGACAUGGGCUUUGCCAAAAAGGUCGUGGACCGCACAUGGACGCUGUGCGGAACACCAGAUUACUUGGCACCCGAGGUUAUCCAGGCAAAGGGGUAUGGGAAAUCCGUGGACUGGUGGGCACUGGGUAUUCUGAUAUUCGAGAUGAUCGCCGGAUACCCGCCGUUCUACGACGAGGACCACUACCGGUUGUACGAGAAGAUCCUUGCUGGGCGCAUUCAGUGGCCUGCUGAGUUCGACCCUGUUGCCCGCGAUCUUGUCAGUCGCUUGUUGACUGCCGAUCUGUCGCGUCGUCUGGGAAACCUGCAUCGUGGGUCGGCUGAUAUUAAAGAGCACCGGUGGUUUGCCGAGGUUGAUUGGAACCGGCUAGCUGCUAGAGAGAUUCCGGCGCCGCUGAUUCCGCCGCAGAAGGUCGAUGGCGAUACGAGCAACUUUGACAAGUAUCCGGAGACAGCAGAGACAUAUGGUGAUACUACAUCGGAGGACCCGUAUUCGGAGCUGUUUUUGGAAUUUUAGUCGACUGCAUGGACAUAUUGGCUGCUGCAUUUCAGUUCGCUCCUAGUGUAUGAUUUCGCUUUGUUUUGGCUGGUUACAAAUAACUUAUAUAUUUUUCGCUUACAGCCUUUCUUUUUUUAUUACAAAUAUUGUUCUUUUUGCUUUUACAUUUACACAUUGUCCUUUUAGCAAAACAAAAAAUGAAUGGUGUGAUUUCCAGACAGCAUUAUUUCUUUGGGUCGGUUUUUCUCUUUUUCAUAUCCUGUUCCAACUGAAGGAUAUGUCGGCGUGACAGGUGCAAAUCUGGUUCGAAAUAGGCAUCCGCUGAAGAAACGGAUUAAAAGGGAAAUAUUGAGUGGUGCAAAGUAAAAUGGGUUAUAGUGGAGUUGAGUGGAGUUGAGUGGAGUUGAGC